AUGAGGCUGCCCGCGUUGGAUGUGUCGCCCAGCACAGCCGCGCACGGGGACGGGCACGAGCACGAUCGGCUGCGUGUGCCGGUAGCUAGUGCCGGUGUUGAAUGUGCAAAUACUCGGCGGGAGGAUCCGAUAGGCGUGAGUAGUGAGCGUGCUGGUCUUGACGAGGACGUCGAGCUGAGCGACGUCUUGGAACUCGUCUCCUCGCCCUCCUGCGCAGAGGCCGGUACUUCGCCGCGAAUCUUCACAGUGUUGACGCGCGAGUCCACCAUCAUCGGCGCGUCCGAGCGCGUCGAUGAUGUCAACAUGCAAGCCUCGGUCGGCGUUGGUGACGACGUGGACGUGCCAGAGAUAGCUUUGUCGGUGCUCCCAGAAAACAACUUGCUUCUGCAGUCCGCGCGCCCCACGCGCAAGGACACGUACCAGGCGGUCCUACAAGCUCCCCAAGUCCUCGCACUCGUCUUCUGGACGUCUCGGACCGCUGGCUUGCUCGUGACAUCCGUGACGUGCUACCGGCGGCCGGCGAAUAUGACGGAGGUAGAGCCCAAGUACGACCUACAGUGGUCCGCAGAGCUGCUCCCUCUCAAGUACGAAGCCUAUCCGACAAUGCACGACAUCGACGCGGAUGGAGGCCGCAGGCUCCUCAUCUCCGCCCGACCAGUCUCUACUGGCCUCGACUGCCCGUUCCUCGCCACCCACUCGCCGAUCUACUACACCCCUCACGAGUCGGUCAUCUCCGGCAUCCCGGACCACGUCCUCGUGCUCGCGGCACCCGUUAUCAUCUACUGGGUCCUCAGCACCUGGUUCCACGUCCUCGACACAGCCGGCUGGAAAUGGCCCGCGAAGUAUCGCAUUCACGAGAGCGCGGAGGUGAUGUCGAAGAACCUCGCCACACGCGGCCAGGUCCUUCGUGAGGUCAUCCUCCAGCAGCUCAUCCAGACCGGUAUGGGCCUCGUCUGGAUGGAGCAGGCUCCUGCGGGCGCCGCCGUCGACCACGUCGCGGCCAUGCUCCGCCUCGCAGGCCCGAUGGCGUCUGUUGUGAACUGGGUUCUCGGCCCCAAUCUCGGCGGGCAACUGCUCGCGACGCGCGGCGCGGUCGGCCUCUACACCCUCUACUGGUGGGCGAUCCCCCUCGGACAGCUCCUCAUCGGCAUGUACCUUCGUGAUCGACUCGUGGCAGUACUUCCUGCACCGCGCACUCCACAUGAACACUGCCUGUACAAGACGUUCCACGCGCAACACCACCGGCUGUACGUGCCGUACGCGUACGGGACGCUCUACAACCACCCCGUCGAAGGCUUCCUGAUGGACACGCUCGGGGCGCUCGUUGCGGAGCGCGCGGCGCAGCUCACAAUGUGCGAGGCAACGCUGCUGUUCGUUGUCGCGACGGCGAAGGCGGUCAACGUCCACUGCGGGUACAACCUGCCCUGGGACCCGCUCCAGAUCUUCACCGCGAACAACGCGGACUACCACGACAUCCACCACCAGGCCAUCGGCAUCAAGUCGAACUUCGCGCAGCCGUUUUCAAUCCACUGGGACACGCUUCUCGGCACGCACAUGUCGCGAAAGGAUAUCGAGCGCCGCAAGCAGGAGCAGAAGGAGAAGCUCAGCAAGGUCGAGUAG